AUGGAUGGAAGUGUGGUGUCCAUGGAGGGGGGUCAGCCUUCACAGAGGAAUGUUAAUGGUAUAGGAUCCAAGGCCUCUACCAAGACUACUAAGAAAUCUAAAAAAGCUGUUCUUUUUUUUGAGGUGGAGAUCCUUGAUGCCAAGACCCGGGAAAAGCUGUGCUUCCUGGACAAGGUGGAGCCCAAUGCCACCGUAGCGGAGAUUAAGAGCCUCUUCACUAAAUCACAUCCUGAGUGGUAUCCAGCUCGGCAGUCUUUACGACUGGAUCCUAAGGGGAGAUCCCUAAAAGAUGAGGACAUCCUUCAGAACUUGCCAGUGGGCACCACAGCAACUUUGUAUUUCCGGGACCUGGGAGCGCAAAUCAGCUGGGUGACUGUCUUCCUCACUGAAUACGCCGGGCCCCUGUCAAUCUAUUUGCUUUUUUACUUCCGGGUUCCCUUCAUCUAUGGCCCCAAGUAUGACUUCACCUCCAGCAAAUACUCUGUGGUACACCUAGCCUGCAUCUGCCACUCCUUCCAUUACAUCAAGCGCCUCUUGGAGACCCUCUUUGUCCAUAGGUUCUCCCACGGCACAAUGCCCUUGCGUAAUAUCUUCAAGAACUGCACUUACUACUGGGGCUUUGCUGCCUGGAUGGCAUACUACAUCAAUCACCCUUUGUAUACGCCACCUGCAUAUGGACAUGAACAAGUGAAACUGGCACUCAUCAUAUUCCUGUUCUGUCAGCUUGGAAAUUUCUCCAUUCACAUUGCUUUGCGGAACCUGCGCCCUGCUGGUUCCAAGGCCAGGAAGAUUCCAUAUCCUACGAAGAACCCAUUCACGUGGAUUUUCUUACUAGUUUCCUGCCCUAACUAUACCUACGAGGUGGGAUCCUGGAUUGGCUUUGCCAUUAUGACUCAGUGCCUUCCAGUGGCUCUGUUCUCCCUAGUUGGCUUUAUCCAAAUGACCAUCUGGGCAAAGGGCAAGCACCGAAGCUACCUGAAGGAGUUCCGGGAUUACCCACCGCUGCGUUCACCGAUUAUUCCCUUCCUGCUCUGAGCUGGAGGCAGUUGCUUCUAGAUCUGGGCUGAUGCAGUUUU